AUGGCGCCGUGCUGCUUUGAGUCAGUGCUUGAGCACCUUUACCCCAAGGCCGAAGACAGUGAGCCCACCAUGUAUCAGUGUCUUGUUCACAGGCUCGGCGACACCCGCUUCGCUGCCCUCGCCGGCAGUCAUGAAAAUCUGUCCGACAAGAUGGUGACACCCAACCCAUACGACAUGGACUUUGAAGAUAUUCGUUUCCCGGCGGAUGGAGUGCAGACAGCGGGUGCACUGCGGCAAAGUCCUCAAUGCUUGCCAUCGGAAAGCCGUCAUGGUCCUGUGCGAACAAGUCUGGAACUCCGCCCCAUGGCUGAGUCCGGGUUGAUCCAUCGACUAUCCUGA